UGAUUAUGUAAACAUGUGCUGCGCAAUUUCAUCUCAAUAACAUAAUAAAUACAACAAAAACUGAUUGCAGUGUGAAAGCAGCAGUCUAAAACGCAUCUGAUUACAGCGAUCUGGAUGUUUGCACGAGCUCUUGCAGUACGCAUGCGACUCCUUUAUAAGAGACGGCUCAGUUUAUGUCAAGACCUGGAUAUCACUCGUCAUCAUGGAUCUGAACAUUAGCCCCUGUUGGAAACAGCUCCUUCUGUUCUCUCUCCUUCUUGUCUGUGUCAAUGGACAAAUGUCAGGGCCAUCUUUCACAGUGACGUUUCCUGCAGUGAUCGAGUCAGGAUCUGAGGCCAGACUGUGUGCAAGUCUUCUCAAGCCCAAUGAAAGCCUUGUCAUGAACAUUUAUCUGGUUGAUGGUGAUCAGAGCACUUUACUGCUGCAGGAGAAAGCUGAGGAAGAGUUUCACCGCUGCUUUAACUUCAAGGCUCCUCUGAUAGAAGCAGAAUCUGUGCAGAAAAUGAAGGUAGAACUUCAAGGAGAGUCUUUAAAGAUGUCUGAAGAAAGAAAAGUCAUGUUCAGACCUUACCAUCCUCUGACCUUUAUCCAGACUGAUAAACCCAUCUAUAUUCCAGGACAGACAGUGAAUUUUAGAGUUGUUACCAUGGAUAAAAACUUUUCACCGCUUGAUCAGAAGUAUAGUACAGUGAUACUUGAGGACUGUAAAGGUAACAGAAUUGGUCAAUGGACAAAUGUUUCUUCAACAAGGUGGAUUCUGCAGCGUUCUUAUGAAUUAAACCCGGAAGGCUGUCAAGGCAUGUACGAACUGAAGGCUUACAUUGGUGACAGGAUGAUCUCACAUGAUUUUGAGGUGAAAAAAUAUGUUUUGCCUAAGUUUGAAGUUACUGUGACAGCACCGAAGACAGUGAGUAUAGAUGAUGAGUCAAUGGCAGUUGAAGUUUGUGCAAAAUACACAUAUGGGCAUCCUUUAUCUGGUAAAUCAUGGGUGAAAGUGUGUCGUGAUAUUCAACGCUUCUCUUACUGGGGUGAUAUACACAGUCCAAUAUGUGUGAAUGAAACCACUGAGAUGAAAAGGACAGGCUGUGCCAUCCAUACCUUAGAUCUAUCCGCCUUUUUAAAUUCAACAUAUGAGGAUCAGAUGAAAAAUUAUCUUCAUGUUGAAGCAACAGUGACAGAAGAAGGAACAGAGAUCACCAUGACAAAAUCUGGAACUAUUUCUCUCACUUAUGAAAUCGGCAAAUGCACACUUACUGACCUACCCAAAACAUAUGAACAUGGAUCAGUUAUAGAAGGAAAAAUCAAACUCUCAAAUUUCAAAGGCGCACCAAUACAAAACAAAGUGGUUUAUCUUUUGGAGGGAACCUGGCCCUCAAAACUGCUCCUAAAUCUCACUACAGACAGUGAUGGACUGGCCAGCUUCUCUCUUAAUACAUCUAGUCUUCCUAAAGAAGACAUUACUCUGAUGGCAAGUGUGUAUCCAACAUUUCAUUAUCAUGAUUACAAAACACCAUACUUCUCUACGGACAGAAAAACAGUUAAUCUUUUCCGGCCUGCCACUCCAUAUACCCCAUCAUUAAGUGAACUGAUUAUAGAAAAUAUUGAGCAACCAUUAAAGUGUGAUGCUGAGUUUACAGUGACCAUCAAGUAUUAUUUUAUUGGAGAGACUGCUAAAGACUUCAAAACUGACAUUGUCUAUAUGGUCUUGUCCAGAGGAGUGAUCGUUCAUCAUGGAUAUGAGAAGGUUGAAGUCAAGUCUUCUAAUGGAGCAGCAAGUGGUACAAUGUCAUUCAAACUGUCUGUUGGUGCAGAUCUAGCUCCUGCAGUGCAGAUUCUGGCCUACUAUGUUCUGCCCAGUGAAAAUGUUGUUGCUCAUAGCACAAAAUAUGACAUUGAAAAGUGUUUCAAAAACAAGGUUUCUCUGCAGUUUUCUCCUGCUAGAGCAGUUCCUGGUGAGAAAAACACUCUCCAGCUCUCAGCUCAGCCUGGUUCACUGUGCGGCCUCAGUGCUGUCGAUCAGAGCGUCCUGAUCCUGAAGCCAGGAAAACAUCUGGAUACAGACAAGAUCUUCAAUAUGCUGCCAGUACAAUCAGUAUCAGAUUAUCCUUACAGCGUUAAAGAUAAGAAGGAGUGUCUGGGAUGGCCGGUUGUGAAUCCCCUUCAAGCUGUACUGACAGACCAUGCCUUAAAGAGUGUGGGUCUGAAAAUGGCAACAAAUUUGGCUUUGCGAGUCUCUCUGUGUCUAACAUAUUUGGACACUGAUUAUAAUUCAGGUAAUAUUUGUUACUUUGAUAAUUCUGAAAUGGAUUGGAAUAUGAAUGAGGGAGACUCUUCAGUUGAAGUGACAGUUCGUACUGUCUUUCCUGAAACAUGGAUUUGGCAACUUGCUGCAAUUGGAGACUCUGGAUCAGCUCAGGUUCCUGUGACAGUUCCUGACACCAUCACCUCUUGGGAGACGGAGGCCUUCUGUCUGUCCUCCGAAGGUCUGGGUCUGGCUCCUCCUGCUCAACUGACAGUUUUCCAGCCCUUCUUCCUGGAGCUCUCUCUGCCUUACUCCAUCAUCCGUGGGGAGAUCUUUGAGCUGAAGGCUACUGUCUUUAACUAUCUGUCCAAGUGCAUCAUGGUUAAAGUGACUCCAGCUCCUUCCUCAGACUACACUCUCAAAGCCUCCUCUGAGGAACAGUAUUCUUCCUGUCUGUGUGCUAAUGGAAGAAAAACCUUUAAAUGGAUCCUCACUCCUUCUGUUCUUGGAGUCUUGAAUAUUACAGUCAGUGCAGAGGCUGAGUCGUCCCAGACUGUGUGUGACAAUGAGAUUGUGAGCGUGCCAGAGAGAGGACGCAUUGACACAGUCACACGAAGUCUGCUUGUACAGGCUGAAGGAACUGAGAAGACAGAGACCUACAGCUGGUUACUGUGUCCAAAGGGCGACAGUCUCACAGAGGAAGUGGAUCUGAAUCUUCCUAAAGAUGUUAUAGAGGGAUCAGCCAGAUCUACUGUUUCAGUCAUUGGGGACAUACUGGGUCGUGCACUGACAAAUCUUCACGGAUUACUACGGAUGCCGUAUGGCUGUGGAGAACAAAACAUGGCUAUUCUUUCUCCCAAUAUUUACAUUCUGCAGUAUCUGGAAAACACAGAGCAGCUCACUUCAGCCAUCAGAGACAGAGCCACUGGCUUCCUUAAGAGUGGAUACCAGAGACAACUGAACUACAGACAUACUAGUGGUGGAUACAGCACAUUUGGACAUGGAGAUGAGAAUACAUGGUUGACUGCCUUUGUCCUGAGGUCUUUUGGCAAAGCACAGAAAUACAUUUUUAUUGAUCCACAAAUUAUUCAGAGUGCAAAGGAAUGGUUAAUAAGCAGACGGGAUUCAGACGGCUGUUUUAUCCAACAGGGAAGACUGUUCAACAACAGAAUGAAGGGUGGAGUGAAUGAUGAUGUGACUAUCACAGCCUACAUUACUGCCUCACUACUUGAACUAGAAACUCCAGUCACAGACCCUGUCGUCAGUAAAGGUUUGUCCUGCUUGAAGUCCGUCAUUGAGGAUGUCAAAAACACUUACACCACUGCUCUGCUCGCCUACACCUUCAGUCUGGCUAAAGACACAGACACUCGACAGCAGCUUUUCAAGAAACUGGAGGAUGUUGCUAUUUCAGAGGGGUCUCAUCUCCACUGGUCUCAGUCUGCAUCUGCUGAUGACUCUGAUUCUCUGGCAGUGGAGAUCAGCUCAUAUGUGCUGCUAGCUGUUCUCUCUGCUGAUUCACUCACUACAGCUGAUCUGGGCUUUGCUAACAGGAUUGUCAGCUGGCUUGUGAAGCAGCAGAAUGCCUAUGGAGGAUUCUCCUCCACACAGGACACAGUGGUGGCUCUUCAGGCUCUGUCUUUGUACGCUACCAAAGUGUUCAGCUCUGACGGCUCCAGCACAGUGACUGUACAGUCAGCAGCAGACACUCACCACUUUGAUGUCAAUCAGGACAAUAAGUUACUGUACCAGGAGAAGCAGCUGCAGGACGUCCCAGCCAAUUACAGCAUUGAAGUGAAGGGCUCAGCCUGUGUGUCUGUGCAGGUCGCUCAGUUCUACAACAUCCCCACUCCUACUGAAGCUAAAACACUAAGCAUUGAUGCAAAGAUUGAGGGAGAUUCCAAAGCACUGGGACAAAAUUUCCUUUUGAACUUCACUGUCAAAUAUCAUGGUCCCCAGGAGACGACUAACAUGCUCAUUGUGGAUAUUAAACUUUUAUCAGGAUUCACAGCUGACACAUCAUCGCUUACAACGUCAAUUAGUUCGGCAGUCCUUGCUCAGAACUAUGUGGAGCGGGUUGACACAAAAGAAGACCAUGUCAUAGUUUAUUUAACAGAGAUUCCAAAACAUAUUUCUAUGAAUUACAAGAUGCAAAUGAAACAGGUUCUUCCAGUGAAGAAUCUCAAGCCAGCAGUGGUCAAAGUGUAUGAUUACUACCAAACAAGUGAUCAGUCGGAGACCGAGUACUCUUUCAACCAAGUGUGUAACUUUGGGUCUACCAUUGGGGGGUUUAAACUCGCAGCAUAUUUAUUAAUUUAUGUAUUUCUUGAAUAAUUUUCUUGUGUAAAAGGUACCGUUCCUGUAUUAGAAAUACAUUGUGAUACUUUUACUGAUUUAGGCUACUUAACAUAAACGCAGCUAUUCACUUGACUAUUUAUACCAUAACCUGACUGUUUAUGGCAUGCCUUCCACUGUCAAUAAGGUCAAGCAUUUCAGUCCUACAGCUCAUAGUAUAAUGACACAGAAUACAAAAUGUCUUUAAUACUGUCUGAGUAGUUAUUCUUAGUGGCAUUGUUUGAUUUCAUUUGUAAUUUUUAUGUAUUCUUUUAUAUGUGUACUCAGUAGCAGCAGCCCACUCACAAUUUGUCAUUUGUUCUUAUCUUUUAAAAUAACUUGUUUGAACUUAUUAUGGAAAAUAAAGAUUUUAAAGAU